GUAAGGGAGUGAGAGCUGAGAGCUUAGUGCCCGCUGAGCUGGUUUCUACUUCAAGUGUCUGCAUGUCAGAGGCUGAGUUUGAAGCCUCCAGCGUAGCUGGAGUUAAUUCCCAUUACACUGGACUCCGCCCCUCUCUCCCAAAGGUACAGCUAGGUUUUCAGGCGGCACUGCAAAGAGCAACUGGGAUUCCCAUCCCUGUCUGACAAGCUGUGAGGAGAAGUUUUAUUUUUUUUUCUUUCUUCUCAAAUCUGAACCAGAAGAAAGGGAACAAGUCAAUCAGCCUUCAUGGUUCGAAGCCUAGCGACCAUAGAACUCUGAACCAUAGAACUCAGAAGGAAAGGAUGAUGGAAAGCAAUAUCCCACAAAGACUCAAAGGACACUUGAGAGAAUGAUCUCUUCCAGAAGCAAGAGCCACAUGGCACACCUGUGAGCCCCAGAACCUGCCAACCUGAUGAAAACAGGCCAGUGGAGCCUACAUCGUGACUUUUUGCUUUUGCUGCUGUGAAUCAUCUCGUCUUCCCAUCCUUUCAGAGAAACCUGAGAGCAUGAGGAGCAGCCUCACCCUGGUAGGCACCUUCUGGGCCUUCCUGUCCCUAGUUACUGCUGUGGCGAGUUCUACCAGUUACUUCCUUCCUUAUUGGCUGUUUGGAUCACAGCUAGGGAAGCCAGUCUCUUUCAGCACCUUCAGGAGAUGCAACUAUCCUGUGCGGGGAGACGGGCACAAUCUGAUCAUGGUGGAAGAAUGUGGGCGCUAUGCCAGCUUCACUGCCAUCCCAAGCCUGGCAUGGCAGAUGUGUACAGUGGUGACAGGUGCUGGCUGUGCGCUGUUACUCCUGGUAGCAAUGGCUGCUGUCUUAGGAUGCUGCAUGGAGGAACUCAUCUCUAGAAUGAUGGGGCGUUGCAUGGGAGCUGCACAGUUUGUAGGAGGGCUGCUGAUAAGCUCAGGCUGUGCACUAUAUCCUUUAGGAUGGAACAGUCCGGAGGUAAUGCAAACAUGUGGAAAUGUCUCCAAUCAAUUUCAGUUAGGUACCUGUAGACUUGGCUGGGCCUAUUACUGUGCUGGGGGCGGAGCUGCUGCAGCCAUGUUGAUUUGUACCUGGCUCUCUUGUUUUGCUGGAAGAAAUCCCAAGCCAGUCAUGUUGGUGGAGAAUAUCAUGAGGAAUACCAAUUCUUACGCUGUGGAACUUGAUCACUGUCUCAAACCUUAAGCCUUGAAGAAGAUCGUCCGAAGAGGGUGGGAAUGGGAGGGAAACAAGCCCUGAGAAGAGGUACUAUGCUAAGACAGUCAUCUACUGGUAGGGUAGCCUAGUGCUUGCACGCUUUGUAACCACUUGUCAUUCAUUUUCACGUCCCCAUAAAGCUCUAAGUCCAUACCUAUUUAUACAAUUCAUCGGGCACAAUGAUGCUCUCAAAUAUUCAUUGGGCAGAGUUUCCACUGACCACCCAAGUCCCAUUGAGA